AUUAUGCGAUAUAUCCAUAAUUGUAAUCAUUGUUCCCUGCGACGUCGUUCUGUCUUCAAGCAUGAGGAAAUUAAGCUUAAUAAUAAUGGGAUUAGCGCUUUUGACGAUAGCCGAGGCGUAUAAAAAUCCGUACUAUGUUGCCGGCCACUCGGUGAACGUGCAUCUCUUUGAAUGGAAGUGGGAUGAUAUUGCUGCCGAAUGCGAGAGAUUCCUAGGACCAAAAGGCUUUGGAGGGAUACAGAUUUCCCCCCCUAACGAAAACGUGGUAUUAUGGGAGUAUAACCGUCCGUGGUGGGAGCGCUACCAGCCGAUGUCAUACAAAUUAGUGACUCGCUCAGGAGACGAACAACAGUUAGCUAAUAUGAUUCGACGAUGCAAUAACGCUGGAGUAAGAAUAUACGUGGAUGCCGUAAUAAACCACAUGACGGGUGAGCCUCCAUCGAAUGUAGGUACCGCGGGUAGUACUGCGGUAUUUAACCAGUGGUAUUACCCAGCCGUGCCGUACUGGAGGGAGCACUUCAACUAUCCUGUGUGCUCCAUUGCCGACAGUGACUGGACUCAGAACGCUGCCAACAUCCGCAAUUGUGAAUUUAUAGGAUUGAAAGAUUUAAACCAGGCAAAUGAACACGUGAGACAAAUGAUUGUCGACUUUAUGAACAAACUCAUUGAUUUGGGAGUUGCUGGUUUCAGGAUUGACGCAGCAACAUUCAUGUGGCCAGAAGACCUUCGUGUAAUUUACAAUCGUCUCCACAACUUGAACACCGACCACGGAUUCCCCCCUAACGCUCGACCUUACAUCUAUCAAGAAGUAACUGACUAUGGUGGUAACAUCAUAACUAGAGACGAAUAUACUCCAAUAGCAGCAGUUACAGAGUUUUUAGCUGGAAGGGACUUGACUAACUGCUUCAGAGGGCGCGAUCAGCUCAGGUGGCUACGCACUUGGGGACCUGAAUGGGGUCUGAUGGCACAUGGUGACGCAAUCAUCUUCAUUGACAAUCACGAUAAUGAAAGAACUCUAGGCGGAGGAGGCGAUAUCUUGAACUAUAAAGAACCCAGGCCGUAUAGAGGUGCCAUUGCAUUUCUUCUCGCGCAUCCUUACGGAGAACCACAGAUUAUGAGCAGUUUCGUUUUUUGGGAUAGUGAAGUUGGGCCUCCAAUGGACAGCAAUGGUAAUAUCAUAUCCCCCGCUAUCAAUUCGGAUGAAACUUGUGGUAACGGCUGGGUGUGCCAGCACCGCUGGCGUCAGAUCUACCACAUGGUAGGAUUCAGGAACGUAGCGGGAGACGCAGGAUUGAACGACUGGUGGGACAAUAGUAGUAACCAGAUUGCUUUUUGCCGAGGCAACCGCGCCUUCAUCGCCAUUAACAAUGACAUGUGGAAUCUAAAUGAGAACUUGCAGACAUGUCUCCCAGCAGGUACAUACUGCGAUGUGAUAUCGGGCAACACGCUAGGCAAUUCGUGUGUGGGCAAAACCGUCACAGUGGGCAACGACGGCAGAGCGCAGAUCUAUAUUGGUGCGCUUGAGUACGAUAUGGCUCUGGCCAUUCAUAUUGGACCAGAGAGUCGCCUGUAAUCUUAUUGAAGAUAAGAAAGACGAACUUGAAAAUAAUUACAUAAGCCGCAAGAUAUUGCAAGCAAAACAAACACUUACUUUUAAAAAAUGAAAACAAAAACACCACCUUAACAAAUUUAUUUUAUGCAAUGCAGACUGCCUUAAGCAACUAUGACCAUUUCGCAGUUUUGUCCAUUAAUGGCGUUGACCAAUUUUAUAUAAAUAUUUAAUCGUGUUGUUAGUGUUCCUUCGAAUAAUGACUACUCC